AUGCGAACACAGACGUUUAUCGGUGUGUGGGGAAACAGUGUCGGUAGCCAAUUGAUGCUCGCUCGUGGUCGCAUGCCUGGACAAUUAGGGAGAAUUGAGCGCGAUCACUUACGUUCAAGUGUGAUCCACACAUCGAGCACCAUCUUUCCGUUACAUUUUCGUGGUCUGCUCUUCUUAAAUCAGAAGCGACGUCUGCUUCUCAGCUGA